AUGAUCGAAGGCAAGUCUCCAGUGCCUGUGAAGGAUCCGCAUGCCACCAAAUAUGUCGAUGGCACCGAGGAUCCCACUCACAUUUCAGGCGUCCUGGGCAAGGGAAACCUGAAAGGAUCUAAGAAGGCAACAUCCUUUCAUUAUUAUCCACAAACUGGUGAUUUGACAUACUCAAAUUCGAAAUAUCCGCCAGAUUAUUACACGUCGGACAGACACGAAGUUGACUUAGCGUGCGAUAUCAAUGAUUAUGGCUGCGAAGCCGAUGUGGUUGACCCUCCCUUGAUACUCGCUAUCGAAGAACUCGGUAGAACAUAUCACGGCUAUGGCUGCAAGGAGGAUUGGGCACCUAAUGAUGGGCUGGCUAAGGAAGUGCAGAACAUGGUCGCACCCCUUGGAUACAAUACUCAGCUCAUUCUUGACUUGGGCACUGGUACGGGAGCUUGGGCUAAUGAGAUUGCGGACAUCUGUCCGUGGUCCCAAGUUGUCGGUCUCGAUAAUUCGCCAAUGUGGCUCGACGAAACCCCGAACGAAGCCCCCAACGCCUGGUUCCUGAUUGAAGACAUAAAUUCGGAAGACUACAAAGAAGACGAGGAGAUAUACGACUAUGUACACGGGCGAGGGCUUUCUGGUAGUAUCCAGGACUGGCCUGGGCUAAUUGGCAAAUGUUACAAGGCGCUCAAGCCAAAUGGAUUGGUUGAGUUUUCCGGAUCCGAUAUUGGUUUCUCAUCAUUUUGUAUUCCAAACCAACUACUAUGUGAGUGGGCCAAUUUAUUAAUUGAUACUGGCGAGGAGAUGGGCAUGACCUUUGAUGUAAGCUCUAAGCUGGCCGAGUGGUUAGAGGCGGCCGGAUUUAUUGAGGUUAAAGUGGAGGAAAUUGCUGUUCUAGUCGGCAGAGACACCAAAAUUGGCCAGCUAAAUCUAGACAGACUGUGCCGAGGACUUUUUGAUCUAUCUGCGAGGCGCUUUUCGAACGUAUUAGGGUGGACCCUUCAAGAAAUUGAAGUGUAUCUUGCCCACGUACGAAAUGAGCUCCUGAGAAAUGAGAAGUACAUUACUCAGUAUAACAAGUUUUAUGCCGUGUAG